AUGUCAGACCAAAAAUAUCAAAAGCUCGACAUCACCGUCGACUUCUCUGGCGGCCUUGAGAUUCUCUUUUCCCACCAGAAGCAUCAUGCUCUCUCAGUACCAGCCCAAGAUUCUGAAGGAAAGCCAGCCAACGUUGGCUUUCUCAUCAAGUAUCUAUGCGAAAAGCUCAUGACGGACCCUCGCGCAGAUCUCUUUGUGCUUGGUGGUGAACUCCGCCCAGGUAUCUUGUGUCUAAUCAAUGAAUGCGACUGGGAACUGGAAGAGGAAGACGCCUACGUGCUUCAGCCGGGAGACAACAUCCUCUUUAUUUCCACGCUUCACGGUGGUUAG